AUGCCUCACCGAUGCGAAGUAAACGAUCAGAUUCCAGCGUUGCAACGGGCGUUUUGCGAAGAAGUUUGCGCUCCUGAGUUGUUGCCAUUCCGCGCGAGCCUUGUCGAGGAUAUCGAGGCGGUCAUCGCGUUCCAGGAGCAGCGUGUCGGACAGCACUCGGCGUAUGCUUCCAGUGGUGAUCGAGAAGAGAGCGAUACGGAAACUGCGUUCCGGCGAUCGCUGGUAGCACAGUUGCAACGUAUGGAUCUUGAACGCGUUCGUUACUUGCUAGCGAGCUACUUGCGCGUUCGACUUUGGAAGCUCCAGCGCCAUGCAGCAUACUACCAGCAGGAGGCCGAAGGAGGCUCGCAAACCUCGAUGGGACGGCUUUCCAUGCAUGAGCAAAGAUUCUUGAAGGCUUAUCUAGAUAAUUUGGCUACGUGUCUACAUGAGGCAUUUUUGAAGCAUAUACCGGAGAGCUUGCGUGGACUCACUGAUACUGAAAAGCACCAGUCUGGUCGCAAUACGGAAAUAAGAAUGGUAACGGAACCAGAUUUCUCCGAAACGGUAAUGGCUGUCGCUGGCUCCCCAGGGCAACUGGCUGCCUCUGUUUCCGCGGAGCAGGCCGCGGCUGACAGCGCGUCGAUGCCAGAAAUACACUGCGUUUCAUAUUCUAUGGUGCGUGAUGACAUUCUGCAGGAACAGAUUAGUCUCUUAUGA